UGUUAAGGUUCUCGUGAUUCCGGAGUUUCUCAUCCAUUUAGUGGCCGUCUUCUUUGCAGCCAGUCUUUGCAUCUCAUAUUACAUUUUUGAAAUACCUCUUAUGGUGGAGCGAGACAUUGACAGGGAUACUGCAGCGUAUGUGUUCAGUUCGCAGGGUAUUGCAUCAAUUGUUGGCCGCAUUACAGCCACAUUCAUAAUCCGUAUCACCUCUCUACAUAUUGGUCUGAUGAUGCUAAUGUGUUAUGGCAUCGCACAAGGCAGUAUCUUUUCAGCGAUUUUCUGUACCAACUAUCCACAGUGUUCUUUCAAAGAAAAUAACGAACCAAAAUUUCAGUUCAUAGCACAAAAUAUUCUAUCAGGCUUCGGCGUUGGGAUGUAUUCGGUUUCGUUAACGCCUUUUCUACUGCAUAUCUCAGGUCCAGAACAGUUACCAACUGCAUUCGGAUACACGAAUCUCAUCAAUGGAUUGGCCGGCUUCGUGUCCAUGUUCAUUGGUAAGCUGGCUGACCGAUACGGAGUUGUGAUGGCAUUCGGUGUGGCUGCUUAUUUCGGUAUUGCCAGCAUAAUUGCAUGCUUCAUUGCAAUUAUGCUCAUGUUAUGGAAGGAACGAAAUAAAGAGCAAAGAAAUGAACGUGAGCUCGUUGCAGUCACAGACGAUGUCGAUGUCAAUUUAGCGCAAAAUCCUUCGAAUAAUGAAGAUGUGUAA